AUGCACUCAAGAGAUUUUGCAUCCCAGGCCAUGCAUCAGGCAAGCAAGCAGUUUCCAAAAGCAUUUGAGGGGCAAAGGAGACCAAAGAUGAAAAUUCCAGACUUUCCUUUGGAGUUGGAGAAAGACCAGGCGUCUUUUUUCUCUUUCGAUACAUCGAUUCAGCCACCUCCACUUAGCACAACAAAUUGUUUCAUCACAGAGACAACAAACACGGAUCCCAACUUACUAAGGUCCACCAUGUAUACUCUUCCUACGGACACAGAUACGUUUGAAUCUAUGGAAAUUCCCUUUGGGCUUGUCCUCAAUCCAUUUAACCAAAAAGCCAUGGCUACCGAGCUAGAUAAGGAGAUUUCAGUAAGGUGUUGGCAAUGCCAAAGUUAUGUCAAUAUAUUUACUAGGAUAGAAGGAACCGUUUUCUAUUGUAACAUUUGUGAUUCAAAAAAUCAAGUAAAGGAAGGAAUAAGCAAUGAGGUUACAAGAUACUCCACAAUAGAAUAUGUCACUAGAACAAAGAAUGUAAAGGUUGGAAAUGCCGAGCUAGGGAAUAUGGUUUCCGAAAAUUUGUUCAGAACUACUAUAGCUCAUGGGCCAGUGUUCAUUUUUGGGGUUGAUACAACUGUUCCCACAUUAAUGGAGCAUGCUGUGAAGGCUAUUGGAUAUCUUAUAAAGGAUGAAAACUUCCGAUUUCUGUUUAAGAAGAUAGCUGUUGUUUUGUUCUCUGAUGCCAUCUCAUUAAUCAAGGCAUCUGGAAGGAUAAUUACUGAGGUUCUAUUAUCUGACAAACUUCAACUUCCAUUUAUUUCUCCGGAAUUCCUAAUGGAUGUCGAAGAUAACGAGCUUAUGGACUUAUUGAUAGAACAUACUACAAAGAUGCCUGUGGGCAAAGGAAACCUCAAGAAUGGGUUUAAUGAUUGCUUAAAAGUUAGUAUUUCCAUAACAGGAUACUGCAAAGGGUCGAAGAUGGCAGUAUUUACCAAUACUCAGGAAAAACUAGAAGAAGAGGAGAUAGCAAAACAGCUCAUUGAAGUGGGGUGCUCACUGAGUGUCUUUUCAAUGCAAAAGACGCCAGCAUCCAGGCUGUGUGCUCUAACUACUGGUAGAAGUUUUAUAUAUACGUCUGAAACCCUUUCGAAGCUAGCGACUGACUUGAUGAAUUUAGGGACUAUGAAAAGCUCUUAUAAGGUAAGGGUUGAAGCAAAGACUUCUGAUGCCAUAAGAAAAUUAAGCUUCUACGGAAAUACUGCUUUUGAGCAUCUUGGGUUUCAAGAUUUCGCACAAAUGGAUGAUAAAACCACAUUUGGAAUAACCUUCUCUCUCGAAGAGUCUCUGAAAAAUAAGUCUAAAGUGUAUGUUCAGAUGAUACUAAGCUUCUACUGUUUUGACGGCUCAAGCCGAGUUCUUGUUAUGAAUACCAGCUUUGAAGCUUCAUCAAGAAUCUCAGAGGUUUAUGCAGGCCUUAGCUUUGACACCCUAUCAUGUAUAUAUGCAAAAUAUAUAGCAAUGGACGAAAACACUGUCAAAGAACAUAGCAAGAAGGUUGAAAACUCCAUCAGCCGGUCUCUCAAAUACUAUAGAAAUAGUUGCUGUAAAGAAGCAUCUAGCUCUCAAUUUGUUCUUCCAGAAUCUAUUAAGCUAAUUCCUCUUAUAUACCAAUCCAUGCUGAAGAAUAGCUGUUUCUCUAAUAGCGCAAGCAGAGAUAGCAUAUCUCAAGUAACAGGCUUUACUGUUGAACAAAACCUCAGGUUUUUUUAUCCACGGCUGUUUGCGUUUACCGACUUCUACAUAGACAAGUCUCUGGAUAAGAUCAAGGCCCUUAAGCUUACUGCCGAGUCCCUUAACUCCGAAGAAAUCUACGUCUUGGACAAUUCUCAAAAGAUAUAUAUUUACAUUGGAGAAAACGUAGAUACAUCCUUAAAAGAGGCUAUAUUUACAGACAAGACAGAGGAAAAUGAGGUUCUACGUAAAAUGAUUGAAGAAUUCUACUCCUAUUACGAUAGCGAGCUACCAGUUGUAUUUGUGGAGGAAGGAAAGGGAGGGCCUGAGGUUGAAUUUAUCGGAUAUUUAGUUGAAGACAGGCUUAAUAACAUACCUUCUUACCCGGAUUACAUAUGUGAGCUUCAUUUCAAAGUUAAAAAUGCCUGA